GUCACUGAGGAAAAUAGGCAUGGUCAGGGUUCUGAUAGGUUGGCUUGGUUUUGGAGAAUCAACAGUGCAGAGGACAGCCAGACGAGAGUGUGGAUGAAUGAAUUUUAUCGAGUGAAUUGGUUGAAAGCAAAAGCACGAUAUGAUCGUUGGAGCGAAGAGUUGAAGUUAGUACAGCAUGAAAUGUGUUGA